AGGAGGAAAGGAAACAUAGGAUUAGAGUCAGUUUUUCAUACGCUCACAGCACAUUUUAUCAAAACCCUUUCUCUCUCUCUCUAUCCCUUUUCCGCUGUCAUCUUCUUCUUCCUCUUUCUCAAUGACGACUAACAACAACAAAGAAGCUUUCAACAUCGCAGAUCUCAGUUCUGCAGCACUCAAUGAAGAGGAUCGUGCUGACCUAGUUAACGCUCUCAAGAGUAAGAUACAGAGCCUUGCUGGGCAACACUCUGAUGUUCUAGAGAGUCUGUCCCCUGUUGUCAGGAAGCGUGUUGAGGUUCUCAGAGAGAUUCAGGGUGAACAUGAUGAGUUGGAGGCGAAGUUUUUGGAAGAGAGAGCUGCUCUUGAAGCCAAAUACCAAAUAUUGUAUCAACCAUUGUAUCUAAAGCGCUUUGACAUUGUGAAUGGUGUUUCUGAAGUGGAAGGGGUAACAGCUGAAGCUACAGCCGAUACAGCCGAGGCUGAAGAGAAAGGAGUGCCUUCAUUCUGGCUCAAUGCUAUGAAAAACAAUGAUGUCUUAGCUGAAGAGAUUACGGAGCGCGAUGAAGGUGCUCUAAAGUUCCUCAAAGAUAUCAAGUGGACCAGGAUCGAUGACCCAAAAGGAUUCAAGCUUGAUUUCUUUUUCGAUUCCAAUCCAUACUUUUCGAACUCGGUCUUGACAAAGACAUAUCAUAUGGUUGACGAGGAUGAACCAAUACUGGAGAAAGCAAUUGGGACUGAAAUUGAAUGGCUUCCUGGAAAAUGCCUGACUCAAAAGGUUUUGAAGAAAAAGCCCAAGAAGGGUUCAAAGAAUGCUAAGCCAAUUACCAAAACUGAAACUUGCGAAAGCUUCUUCAACUUUUUCAAUCCUCCAGAAGUCCCUGAAGAUGAUGAAGACAUUGAUGAAGAUAUGGCUGAGGAACUUCAGAAUCAGAUGGAACAAGACUAUGACAUUGGGUCGACAAUAAGAGAUAAGAUCAUCCCCCAUGCCGUGUCUUGGUUUACCGGGGAAGCUGCUCAGGGAGAGGAGUUUGGAGACCUGGAUGAUGACGAGGAGGAUGAAGACGACGAUGGUGAAGACGAUGAUGAAGAGGAGGAUGAAGAGGAGGAUGAGGAUGAUGAUGAAGAGGAGGAAGACACUAAGACUAAAAAGAAGUCAUCUGCUAGUAAGAAGAGCGGAAUAACUCAGGUUGGUGAUGGUCAGCAGGGAGAAAGACCACCAGAGUGCAAGCAGCAAUAGUUUAUUUCAUCAAAGUAUUGUGCUGCUAAAAGUUGUUUUGGGGUCCUAGUGCCUGAUGAAAAGGGUUUCAAUUUCAUGUGGUUUUUCAUGGUCCUUAAUUCAUUUUCCUCCCCUCAAUCUUAUGGUCUGAAUUUAUUGAGUCUCUUUUUUGUCUCUCUCCUUUUGGAGAGAAGUUAUAUAGUCAAGGGUGUUGUGAUUUAUUGGUACUUAAAUUUAUAGGCCUCCUUCUGAGAUACUUAAAGUUUAUGCUUCAUUAUUACCAAAAUUUCUGGUAAAAACUCAUUAGCAAAUCAUUGCGACAAGUUUUUGUGUGAGAUGGAAAGUUGUGAUUUUUUCGUA